AGAUGUCGAGCGCCGUCGGGGAGCAGAACUUGAGGCCGGGGCCGAGGGUGGAGAUGCUCAGCCGCGGCGGCAGAGUAGAAGGUCGUCGACGGGCCGACGGCGCCACACCGGCGGCGGCCUCGUGCCUGAGCGCGUGCACGGCCGCAGCAGGCUGCACCUGCAGGUCUUGCGCCUGGCCAAUCGCUCAUCCGUGGUAGAGGAUUAAGAAAAUAGAGUGGGCAUGCAAUUAAAUACGGUGUGUGGAUCCGUGGAAGGAACUACUCCCCAACCGCGACCCAAUCUUGCUUGUUUUUUUUUUCGAGGGCGACCCAAGCUUGUUCAAACACAGAAGUAGCCCGCGCCACGAAUCCAGCAAGUCCUCCAACCGUCGGACAAUCACCGGUCACCGCCGCUGCGCAAGCUCCCUGCAUGCCGCCGCCGCCUCUGCCGCAGGCGCUCCACCACGCCUUCUCCUUUCUCACCCGCCUCGACUCCCCGCGGCACCUCCUGCAGACCCACGCCUACCUCCUCCCCCGGGGCGGGCACCGCAACGCGCGCCUCCUCUCCGCGCUCCUCCUCGCCUCGCUCCGCCUCCCGCUCCGCCCCCACGCCCUCGCGCUCCUCCGCCGCAUCCACCCUUCCUUAUCCCUCAACGCCGCCGCCAAAAUCCCCCACCUGCGCGGCACCCUCGGCCCGCAGCUCCACUCCGUCAUCGUCCGUGCCGGGCUUGCCUCCGACGCGCACGUAUCGGCCAGCCUCAUCCAGACGUACUUCUCCUGCGGCCGCGUCGCCUCCGCUCGCAGCGUGUUCGAUCAGACGACCGACAAGGACAUCUUUUGCUGGAAUGUCAUGAUCUCGGGGUAUGUGAAGUCUGGGAACUUGGCUUGCGCGCGCGAGCUGUUCGAUGUUAUGCCGGCAAGGAAUGUGGUGUCGUGGACGACUGUGAUUGGGGCAUAUGCGCAGAUGAAACAGCCAGUGGAGGCAGUCGAGGUCUUCCGGAGGAUGCAGGUGGAGGAAGGGAUCGAGCCGGAUGGGGUGGCGUUGCUGUCGGUGUUGUCAGCUUGUGGGGAUCUUGGCGCGGUUGAUUUGGGGGAAUGGGUGCACAGGUUCGUGGUGAGGCGGGGGUUAUGCUGGCAGAUACCACUGAUGAAUGCAAUCAUUGACAUGUAUGUUAAAUUGGGGUGUGUUAGGAAGGCAGUGGAGGUGUUUGAGGGUAUGGAUCAGAAGAGCGUUGUGACUUGGACGACGGUGAUCGCUGGGUUUGCGUUGCAUGGCCUUGGUUUGGAAGCUAUUGAAAUGUUUCGCCGGAUGGAGAUGGAGAAUGUGGCACCAAAUGACGUCACCUUUCUUGCAAUCCUGUCAGCAUGUAGCCAUGUUGGAUUGACUGAUUUGGGUCGCUGGUAUUUCAAAAUAAUGGUUUCUCAGUACAGGAUUAAGCAACGAGUUGAACACUAUGGAUGCAUGGUUGAUCUACUUGGCCGUGCUGGUUAUUUGAUGGAAGCUCAAGACUUGGUUCAGGACAUGCCUUUCAAGGCAAAUGCGGCAAUAUGGGGAGCUCUUCUUGCUGCUGCUCGGACACAUGGUGAUGCUGAGCUUGGAAAACAAGCUUUGUUGCAUUUGAUUGAGCUUGAGCCUCACAACAGUGGGAACUAUAUUCUUCUAUCUAAUAUUUAUGCAGAACAGGAGAGGUGGGAUGAUGUGAGCAAACUUCGAAAGCAAAUGAAAGACAGGGGCCUAAGAAAUGUACCGGGGGCAAGUUCUAUUGAAGUCGAUGGCAUGGUUCAUGAGUUCACUUCGAGAGAUGGAUCACAUCCUUGCUUACACAAGAUAUGUAAAGUACUAUGUGAGAUCACCACUGACAUGAAAUCCAUUAGUUUUGUUGCUUUGCUCCCUGAAGCAUUGCAUGAUAUUGAAGAAGGGCAAGAUCAUUAAGUAAGAGCACUAUUCACAUCAUAGGCCAGGUGUGCCAAGCUAAAGUUCAGUGAAAUUGGCAGCAUGGUUAACGAGCUCACACGGUCACACCUAGAGUGAAUUCCAUCCAAGGAAUGUAAGAGAAUAAGCAGUGGUUGUGUACAGAGGGUCGAAAGUCAGAUAGCUCAUCCUUGAUGGACUAGUUGUUCCGUGAGAGAUUUUGUUCUUUGGAUCUAAAGUGAGCAAGCGCGCAGCUUUAUUUACAGGUGCAUUGAAGGAGGUCAAUGAUAUGCGAAUCAAACUGUCGCAUAAAUGAAUAGAAAAAAAGAGUACAUUUAGACUCGAGAAGGAUAUAAAGGGAAAUAUGCUAAGAAAUUUCAAAAUACCAAAUCUGUAGAAGAUGAAAAGAUAUUGGUAGUUCGUACCUGCACUUCCAUACUGAAUCAAACGCCUAAGGUGUGCACGAGCAAAGGGAGUUGCCUCUGGAGAACCCAUACAUUGCUUAAAUCCUUCUUGGAGUUCCCAGGUCUCUGUCACAUUUCAGGGAAAAGGUGAGUUCUACUUCAAGGCCUACAACUACUACAUUUCCUAGGUUAGAUAAAACAGAGAUCAUCAUGAAGCAAGGCAAAGGAAAGAAUGCAUCGCUUUUUCUUGCAGAGUAAUUCAAGUGUCAGAUAAGGUUUUAAAGCAUUGGAAGAGAAGAAACUUUGCAAUACCUCAAUUCCUCAACUAGCUCUUUUCACCUUCACGACAGUUUCUGUGCUCUAUAUCCAUCACCUUGUCACUAUCAAAGAUGACAGUGCCCAACCACAACCAGUGAGAGGAAUUCUCUACAUCAGCAUUGCAAGCACCUCCUGUUGAUUUCAGCAUUUUGAAUCUUGACAGUAUAAUCCGCCAUGGCUGCUACCUCCAUAAACAGCUCCUGCAGCUAAAGAUCAAUCGGAAUACUCCGUUGAGAUUGCUACUUCAACUAUGUGAUCAAUACAUAGCGAAAAAACUGACAAAUCAAAUCAUAUGCGCCAUACCUGGGAUCCUUUGGUCAAGGGAGGGGAAAUCCAGUCAGAACUCUAAGCAGUCCAGUUGCCCCCUCUGUGUGUAUAUGUUUUCAGUGUCUUUCUCGUGGAGAGAGAGAGAGAGAGAGAGAGAGUGAUGGCGAUUAAGUAUGACAGAGCCCAUUAUAAAUUGUGUUCUCUGGCGUAUGGGUGGAUGUGUGUUUAGUUUAGCAAGUGAAAAUCAGUCCUGUUUUGCUGUCAUCGAAAAGCUCACCUACCAUGUGCCAUGCUGAACUUUUCAGAGAGGCAUCAAGCCUGAGAGAGGCAACAGGUGGGAAAAUGUUGGGCACUGAUCAAUCUUGUGUUCAUCGCUCAAAACAAGAGGUGCCAUGGUAUUUUUCAUUGGGUUCGUACUACUGUCCAAGCAGCAGCGCUAUUCCCGAUCAAGUCAGCAGGAACAAAUCGUCCUGGUACUGGUUCACUCACGAGAUGCUCCCAGUCUCAGUACAUGACCAGGUGGGUCUCAACUCUCAACAGGGAAGUUUCACCGGGACAAGGGUGUCCGGUGAUGCCGUGACCAACUGUGACUAAUAAAUCAAGGGCCCAUCACUCAUUUCGAGAGAUUUGGCUUGGCUUCAUCCUUAAUUACUAAGGAAUUGCAUCCUCAAAUUGCCAGGUCUGAUGUGCCUAAUCAAAGUCGGCCAUUCAUGGGCACAGAAACUGAACAGAGGAUCUCUUUUAUAGAUCUGGGGCGAUAAGAUGAAUUGGAGCCAUGGGCCAUAGGAAUCAUGAGUACAGUACUUGUCUACUUCCCUGUGUAUGGCCCAGCGUCUUCCUGGCUCCCUUGUCUCUCGCUGGCAAGCACGUUUGAGCCCUCAGGUGAGUAAAGACAUGGCCACUUUUUUAUUCCUUCAUUUCUUUCUUUAAAAUAGAAAAAGGAAGGGAAAAGACAUGAACAUGUUGACGGCCACAUCAGAGAUGGAGGAAGUUACCAAAAAUUGACAGACAACACAAAGAGAGCAAUGGAAUGAGCUUGAAGGAAAAUUAAAGUGACUUGCAAGCACUUGAUGUGAGAGGUUCUUGCAUUACAGCCUAAAGACAUGCAUGUAAGCAUGUUGUUGACAGAUUUUAUGUUCAGUACUUGUUACCGAACUUUGGUUUGUAUUUAUAGUAAUCGUAAGCUCUUUGGAAUGAAGUAUUCCACCAAUUGAGGUGGAUGCUAAAGAACUGAAAAAUUCUAGAAUGGUCCUGGUUAUGAACCGAAAUUCUAAAAAGUCAGCAAAAAGGUGUUUUUAAGUAA